UUCCAUUGACUUUGUUAUAUUUUUUCAUGAACUUUGAUAGUCAGACCAAAAUAUUCUGAAAUAUAAAACUUUAUAAAGGAAAUAAUAACAAUAAUAAUUAAGAGUAGAUUAAAGGAAGCAAACCUCUUACAGCCGGAGCCGGUGGUUGUUCUCCAAGUACACAACACAGUAAAAGCUUUUCUUUUUGGAAAAUCCAGACAAGUUUGACCACCAAUAAUUGGGCUCCAACAUAUAUUGGGAUUUAUCUGAUAAUAUUUAUUUCAUCACUUCACGGAGUGAGGAGGGGGUUUUCUCAAGGGGGCUAAAAAUGUAUGUGGUAGAGAGCAAAGGAGGCGCCAUAGCAUGCAUGCUUCUAGCCCUCCUCUUCUUGGGGACAUGGCCAGCUAUCUUGACCCUUUUGGAGAGAAGGGGCAGGCUGCCACAGCACACUUAUCUUGAUUAUUCAAUAACCAAUCUCUUGGCUGCCAUAAUUAUUGCCUUGACAUUUGGUGAAAUUGGGAAAAGCACACUAGAGAUGCCCAACUUUCUAGUCCAGCUCUCUCAGGAUAAUUGGCCUUCUGUGAUGUUUGCAAUGGCAGGAGGAGUGGUGCUCAGCCUUGGAAAUCUCUCAACUCAGUAUGCUUGGGCUUUUGUUGGUUUAUCAGUUACAGAAGUGAUCACUGCAAGCAUAACAGUUGUUAUAGGAACAACCUUGAAUUACUUUUUAGACGAUAGAAUUAACAGAGCCGAGAUCCUUUUCCCCGGCGUCGGUUGCUUCUUGGUUGCAGUUUGCCUUGCAUCCGCUGUCCACUCAUCCAAUGCAGCUGACAAUGAAGCAAAGCUUGAAGGUUUUUCAUCUAAAGAAGGGGAGUUGGAAAUUUCUACAUUGCCUAGUAAGGAUGGGGAAAUGGAAGACGGCGGUGUCUCUUCCGAGAAGGCUAAAGCCGGGACUGCAGAGUUUCUGGUGCAGCUUGAGAAAAGAAGAGCAAUCAAAGUGUUUGGGAAGAGCACUCUCAUUGGGCUGUCUAUAUGUUUCUUUGCUGGUGUUUGCUUUUCUCUCUUCUCACCAGCAUUCAACUUGGCAACAAAUGAUCAAUGGCAUACAUUAAAGGACGGGGUUCCUCACUUGGUUGUCUACACUGCUUUCUUUUACUUCUCAAUAUCCUGUUUCAUCAUUGCCAUCAUCCUCAACAUCACAUUCCUUUACUACCCUGUGCUGGACUUGCCCAAAUCAUCAUUUAAGGCUUAUAUGAAUGACUGGAAUGGCAGAGGCUGGGCCUUAAUGGCUGGUCUGCUAUGCGGAUUUGGCAAUGGUCUCCAAUUCAUGGGAGGCCAAGCUGCAGGCUAUGCUGCAGCAGAUGCUGUUCAGGCACUUCCAUUAGUGAGUACAUUUUGGGGAAUUCUUCUGUUUGGAGAGUACAGAAAAUCAUCAAAAAGAACAUAUAUAUUGCUAGUGAGUAUGUUGUCUAUGUUUAUUGUGGCUGUUGCUGUUCUCAUGGCAUCAGCAGGGCAUCGAAAAUAGGAGUCAGCUGCAUACACAACCCUUUGUUUUUUUUGGUUAGUGUUUUGUGUAAAGCAAUAAGUUAGCAUAUGGUUUGAUAAUAAUGUUGUCAAGAUGGCUGCAUAAGCUUUGGUUUGGUCAAUUACCCCCUAUAUUGCUAAUUCGGUCACAUGAGCUUUCAUAAGGUAAAUUAAAUGAAAAUUUGCUGUACAUAUAUUCUCUAAAUUUAUUUCUAAUGUAUUGUUAUUGCUAUUAUUUUGAAGUUUUUUCUUGUAUUUACUAUCAUUGGCAAGCAGUUGUGUACAGAAGAAAAUCCUUAGAUUCUUGAACUUGUUGUGUGUUUUGAGUUUACAUUGUCACGGACGCAAAACGACAUUACUCAAGUCUGAGAUUGAUAGUAAGUGAAAGAUUGUAGACAUGAACUAAAAUGACAAUAACAUGUGAAAGGAAAACGACAUAAAUUAGGAAGAGAGAGAAAGACAUGAACCUUACCAAAGUCCAAAACGACUAUAACAUAAAAAAUAACAAGAGACUAACAAUUCAAAUAAGAAUUUUUGAGGACGCCGUCUUUGCACCAUUCUGAAUUUUUGAGGGCUUUGGCUGAUAUUAGCUCUUAACGUUUUCUUCACCAAAAACAGAAAAAGUAAAAUCGUUUGUGUUAUGUUAUUAUGUAUGCUUAAUACAUGGGCCUAUAGCAUGUAUAAAAAGCCCACUGGUUGUGAAAGAGUGAGGCCAGCCCAAGUGGUAGGAUUUUGUAGUUUCUUUUCUUUGUGGAAAAAAAUGGUUGCUGAACUGAACUGAAGGGACUAAAAGAGAAGGAAGGAGAGAGAGAGAGCUUUGUCGGAGAAACUAAAAGGCUUCAAGUCAAGGGAAGGUGUAACUGUGAACCCGGGUCUAUGUAUACUAUCCUUUAAUAUUACUACUGGUAAAUGGAGGUAGAAUUAGUUAGACACAAUGGAGGUUGCCACUGCAGGAAUGUAAAAUGGCGAGUUGAAGCACCAAAGAGAGUUGUAGCUUGGGAUUGUAACUGUUCAGAUUGCUACAUGAGGGGUAACACACACUUCAUUGUCCCUGCUAAAAGAUUUGAACUUUUGGGCGAUUCCAAUCAGUUUCUCACAACUUACACCUUUGGUACUCACACUGCAAAACACACCUUUUGCAAAGUUUGUGGUAUAACUUCCUUUUAUAUUCCUCGUUCGAACCCAGAUGGGGUUGCAGUCACAUUCAAGUGCGUUGACCCUGGUACUCUGCUCCAUGUUGAGGUUAUAAGCCAUGAUGGCAAGAAUUGGGAGACCUCAUACGCUCACUCAAAUAUUGCUUCAUAUUCCAAAGACACUUGACUUGAUGUUCUACCUACUUUAUUGUUUUCUCUCUUGAUUUCAAUUUCCCAUAAAGCAUCAUCUUCAUGUGUCUUUGAUACUAACCAAUAAAACAUUUUAAACAGAUGGCUCUGAAAGUUUCUCAAGCUGUCAAUCUUCAGUUUUGUAUGUAUGGUGUCUGUGUUUUGAUGAUUUGAUUUUGGUUGUAAAACAUUUGUCAUUCAAUUUUCCUCCUGGACUAAAACUAUCUUAUGUUUAUAGAGAUACAAAUGAAGCAACACCUGUUUCUUCUGUUAUUCUAAA